GACCGGCCCCGGGACACGGCGCUGCGCGGCCCCGAGGCGGGGUUUGGCGGCGACGGCAGCCCGCGCCCAGCACCGCCCCGCUGCGCACCCCGCGCCCGGCUCCGCACCCCGCGCUCCGCUCCACACCCCGAGCUCCGCUCCGCGAUGCCGGCGCUGCUGGCGCUGCUGGCGGCGGCGCUGCUGGCGCUGCUCGGGGCUCGGCGGGCGGCCGCCCCCGGCGCUUGGGUCCCGCUGAAGCGCUGGGCCCUGGGCUGCCUCCUGCUCUUCCACGGCUCCUGGAGGCAGCGGGCGGCCGGCGGAGGUUCCGCGGAGUCACGGCGGCCGCGCCCGCUCCGCCCCGACCCCCACGCGCUGGAUUCAAUUUAUUUCACCGGCUUUGCAGAGACCAACAAGACUUUUGUGAUCGCUCGUCUUGCCAAACGUCCGAAUGGGAUCUGUGAGAUGUGGCUCUUCCUGCGGGUGGAGGGAACAGGAGAGUUUGAACACCCACAACAUCCAAACAUGCUGGUGAGUGAUGAAUCUGAAGAGAUUUGGAGUGGAGGAGGGCUCACUAUUGAAUACAUAGAGCCCCAAAUGCACUGGAAAAUAAGCUUCGAUGGGUUACUCAGAAAAGGACCCUACCGACAGCAGUGGAGUGAAGAGGAAGGUGAACUUGUGCCAGUUAAAUUCUCUUUCCAGUGGGAGAACUUCACAGAAGUCUUUGACUUUAGUGCCGACAGUCACCCCAGUGCAUUUGUACAUGCUUUUGCCCGGGAACCGUGGACCUUCGAGUUCUUCCAAAGGGUCAAAAAACAAAGAGAGCAACAUUUCCGACAUGAGCAGUGGGGCCAGUCAGUUGGAGAAAUUGAAAUAGAAAAUCAGGAGAAAACAGAACUUUCUCUCAAAGGCGUUCGGAGCCACUCUUAUGGUAUCCGGAACUGGUCUGAGAUUUACCGUUACGUCAUGAUUUUGGCACACUUUGAAGAUGGGACUGCAGCACAUUUAACAGUUAUUAAUAUGCCAGCAACCACAACUCACCUCACUGUAGGUUAUGUUUUUUUCCCCAAUGGGAGGAAGGCUGGCAUUGAGUGGUCCAACGCCUCACUGGCAGAGAUGGCUGCUGAUGGUGUUAUCGGGGAUAAAUAUGGAGUCACUUUUACUGCUGGUGGCGAGUACUUUGAUGUUUCUGCAACGCUGGAUAAGCAGGCUUGCCCUGUGGUGUAUAAUGGCCUGACUGGAUGUGGCGUUUUCCACGAGUGCAUUGCGGAUUUCCAACUGAACGGGUUAACGCAAGGCUGGGGCUUGGUUGAAUUUUAUUACAGGGAUGAAGCUGCCCAGCCGGUUCCGAAUUUGCAGCUUGGGUCAAAAACUGAAGGACCCGACCUUUCCUCCUGGCACCAUGCGACCGACAGCUCUCCUCUGUGAACAUUUGCAAGCUUUUCCCAGUGACGUAGCAAGCAGCAGCUUUCAAAAAAUAAUAAACAAAAAAAAGUUAUUCCCUGCAAAAUGCAGAGUUUUGAGUGUGGAACUCCUUAGAAUGGAGGUCAAGGGUAUAAAGGGAUUUGGAGAGAAAUGAGAUAGAUGAUACAUUUUUAGUUGUGGAGCUCUUAGCGGUUGCUAACUAUGAUGGUCUGGAGGCAAUUUAAAGGCAAGUUCUGAACAGCUGAUUGCAGGAGGAGUGCUCUAUGUUCCGUCUUUUGUAUUUUUCCUCAACUGCCAGCAGCUCCACACCAUGAAGACCAGGACACUGGGCUACAUGGGUCUCUGAGCCAAUUUAGCUGUUCCUCUGUUCUUUCAGAUUUGUUUUUGUAAUAAAAGCUCUAUCUUUCUGAA